UGAAACUGUCUCCCAGCAACGAAAACAAAAUUCCUUAACAGAAUGUGUCAUUUAUUCAGUUGAAUUUGGAUGAUCGUCCUGUAAACAUCCUUCACCCGACCCUCUUCGUUAACAUCCUAAUAAAUCGGCAAAAUGCGUGAGGUACUGUCGGUUCACAUCGGACAAGGCGGUGUCCAAAUGGGCAACGCUUGCUGGGAAUUAUAUUGCCUGGAACAUGGCAUACAACCGGAUGGAAUGUUACCACCACAGAGUUGCUCCAGCGACGACGGUUUUCAGACAUUCUUUAGUGAAACAGGCGGUGGAAAAUACGUGCCACGAGCUGUGUUCCUCGAUCUUGAACCCACGGUCAUAGACGAAGUCCGAACCGGAACCUACCACCAGUUAUUCCACCCUGAACAAUUAAUCUCCGGCAAGGAGGACGCAGCCAACAAUUAUGCUCGAGGUCACUACACCCUAGGAAAGGAGAUCAUAGAACUAGUCUUAGACAGAAUACGCAAGAUAGCAGAUAUGUGCAGCGGUCUGCAAGGUUUCCUCAUCUUCCAUGCGUUCGGAGGCGGUACCGGUUCAGGAUUCACCAGUUUGCUGAUGGAAAGGCUCUCCAUGGACUACGGGAAGAAAGCUAAGCUGGAGUUUGCUAUUUAUCCAUCGCCUCAGAUCUCCACAGCGGUGGUGGAACCCUACAAUGCCAUCCUAACCACCCACACAACCUUGGAACACUCAGACUGUGCAUUUCUCGUGGACAACGAAGCUAUCUACGAUAUCUGCCGAAGAAAUCUGGACAUCGAACGACCCACGUACACUAAUUUGAACAGAUUGAUAGGACAAAUAGUGUCUUCGAUCACGGCCUCGUUAAGGUUCGACGGAGCUUUGAACGUGGACCUGACAGAGUUCCAAACGAAUUUGGUACCCUAUCCGAGGAUACAUUUCCCUCUGGCUACUUACGCCCCAAUCGUGUCCAUCGAGAAGGCUUAUCACGAACAGCUGACAGUGAUGGAACUCACCUCUUCGUGUUUCGAACCUGCCAUGCAAAUGGUGAAGUGCAAUCCCCAAAGGGGGAAGUAUAUGGCUUGUUGUUUGCUGUACAGGGGUGAUGUGGUGCCUAAGGAUGUGAACGCAUCCAUUGCGGCUAUCAAGACGAAGAGGGCGAUACAGUUCGUCGAUUGGUGUCCUACUGGCUUCAAGGUGGGCAUUAAUUAUCAGCCCCCGACUGUGGUACCUGGCGGUGAUUUGGCCAAAGUUCAGAGAGCCAUGGCGAUGCUUGCUAACACAACUGCGAUCGCCGAGGCAUGGACGAGAUUGAAUAGGAAAUUUGAUUUAAUGUUCGGGAAACGCGCAUUUGUUCAUUGGUACGUUGGUGAGAGUAUGGACGAGAGUGAAUUCAACGAAGCCAGAGAAGAUUUGGCCGCAUUGGAGAAAGAUUACGAAGAAGUCGGUAUGGACUCGACAGACGCUGGAGAGGGUGAAGAGGAAAAUUAAUUAUCUACUUCAUUUUAGAAGUAAUGAAGAACGGACGAAUCAUCAUUUUGCUAUUAAUUAUACAUUGUUUUUGUCGAUUUUGUUCAUACUCGUCCUUUGUACCAUUUUGCUAAGUGAUUUUAUUUUUAACGUAUAUAUGUACAGUUUCUUUAGUAAGUACUUUAUUAUUGUAAAUAAAGUUUUAUUUUGCAUAUA